AUGCCUCACUCCACCGAGCUGCCUCCAGGCACCAUCGAGACCACCUUUAACUAUAUCCCACAUUUGAAAGAUGGCGAACCAGAGCGUCUUUUCAACCCAAAGACAGUCGGAUACCGGCGCCACACGUUCGAGCCUCACACUGAGCAAGUGACUGAUAUCCGCGGCCACGAAGAUGAGUUCGACGUCGAUACCCAUGGCUUUCAGCUCCUCAAAGCUGCCCCCAUUCCUGAGGAAGUAUACAGCGACGAUGCAAAGUUCAGAGAAGAAGGAUAUCGCGAAGUCAAGGAGCUUCUAAAAAAGGCCACAGGAGCCACCCACGUCCACAUCUUCAGUCACAUCGUCCGCAAAGAGCCCUACCAAGCCGUCCUCGACAUCCCUAAGGAGACCCCAGACGAAGAGGAAUGCUCUCUGCAAACCCCCGCCAUGAUAGCGCACAUCGAUCAAUCCUACCACGGAGCCGAGCAAGUCCUCGGUGACAUCCCUGAUGCACCCCAGCUCGCGCCAAAAGCCAAGACGAGAUGGGGCAUCAUCAACGUCUGGCGACCCCUCAAACCCGUCACUCGCGAGCCCUUGGCUGUUUGUGACGCACGAAGCGUGCCAGACUCAGAUCUUCAGCAAGUUUGGUUGCAUGUGGUCCGACCUAAAGAUGGAGUGCCUGACAAGGUGAUUGAUGUGGGCCUUUGGUAUCUGCAACGUGGGGAGGGUCAUAAGUGGUAUUGGCCCAGUGAGAUGCAGCCUGACGAGGCGCUGUUGAUUAAGUGUUUUGAUUCCAAGAAGGAUGGACGGGCGAGGAGGGCGCCACAUAGUGCUAUGAAGACCCCCGGGGAUCAUGGACCAACUAGGGAGAGUGUGGAAGUCAGAUGCCUUGUCUUCUGGGAGGACCAGGAGAAAGAGUAA